AUGCCUCAGACGUGCGUUCUCUCCCCCAUCGCUUCUCAGCCGUCAGAUGUCGCGACAGACGCCAACGACUCACCGCCGUCGUCCCCGUUAGCAGCUUCCGCAGGUCCUGGAUCGCCGCGCGAGUCUGGCGACUCGGCUUUCCCCGUGAUUUUCGACAACGCGCCGAUCGAAGCGGUAGAAGUUGGCGCGCGGCAGCGCGAACCCGGGGAGGCGUACCCGGUGCUUCCGCUCCUCGCGCUGCCUGUGCGGCUUCACAACGAGACGCGCUCGGAAGUUUCGUGGAAACUGGUGGUUAUCGCGAUCGAUGACCCGUUGGUUGCUGCCCGGCGGAUGGACGUGGUUUCGCGGAAGCUUCUGCCGAUGGUGCGGAGAUGGGUUCGCGAGUCGGGUUUCGCGUCGCCGCCACGUCCGCAAAGGGAAUCGUCAAGACGGGAAAAAAAGCCUUCGCCUGCUAGCCCGUCGCGCGACCCUCUCUCAUCUCCUGAUGUGUCGUGCUUGUGGGACGAAGCUGCUCAGAAGGCGCGCGCCGUGAUCACCGAGUCGCACUACACGUGGAAGGUUCUCGGAAGCGCGCUCCGCCGGCCUACCUUGCAACGGAGAGGCCACGUGCACGCGCACGCGCUGCCAGCGUGGCAAGAGCGAGAUAAGAUCCUCAACUGUUUCAACAACGCGACGCUCAGUAGCGAAUCAGCCGCAAAAGGCAGCAGCAGCAAGCGUAAGGAGGAUUCGUCCACGUCAGAAGCUGCGGCGGCGCUACUGAACGAAAUUCUAGACGCGCCGCUGCCCAUGUUCUUGGACCUACGGCGAAGCGCCACUAUCGGAUCGUCAUGUAUUGUGCAGAAACGCGGUGCUAAAAAUAACGGCAACAGGUUGGGUGGUGGUGCUAUCAGUGGGCGGUGGUGGGCGAGGGAGGAGAGAAACGGGGGAGAGGGGAGGAGCGGGGGGUUCGGCAAAACCAGUGGUGGUCGUUUGGGCAAUCUGUGUGACAAUAAGGAAGGAAAAGGAUUCUGCUCCGGCGGCGGCGAUGAGGGUUCUGGUGGCGGUGGUGAUGGUGACAAUAGCGAGGGGAAGGUCAGUGAGGGGAAGGGCAGCCAAGGGAAGGGCAACGAGGGGAAGGGCAGCCAAGGGAAGGGCAACGAGGGGAAGGGCAGCCAAGGGAAGGGCAACGAGGGGAAGGGCAGCCAAGGGAAGGGCAACGAGGGGAAGAAGAUCCGACCGUCGAUGAGCAUGCCAUCCGCUAAAGGCUUCACCGUUAUUGCUGCCAAGGAUGCUCCGUGGCGGCUGUCCAGGCAGCUCACUGCUGUCGCCGGCAAAGCACCCCUAGCAGCGGUAGCAGCCCAAGCAGUCACAGCAGUCGAAAGCACAGCAGGAGUGCUUCCAGAGGUGCACCAUCCCCGGGUGCUUUCACCACAGGCAAGAGCACAGCAGGUGCUUGCUCGACCAAGCAACGGGAGCACCACUGCCAGCAGCGCUGCUGCCGCCUCUCUUUCUUCUCCUGCCAAUCGCUCCUCUCUUCCUUCUCCCAGUUCCCGCCCUCAUGCUGUGUGCCUCCCACACAACCCGUACCUCCCGCCCCUCUCACCCGGCUCUUCCCUCUCGCCCCUCUCACCCCUCUCACCCCUCUCGCCCCGCCCACCCCGGGCUUCUGACUCUGCUUUCUCUGGCUUUAAACCCUCGUCUGGGGGUGGCACCGUUGCAACCCCCCGCUCGGGUCGCUCUGUGCCAAAGUCAUUUUCCAGUGACAACCUUGCACCGCUCUCCACCGCUCAGAACCGCUCCACUGGCAACCUUGCACCGCUCUCCACCGCUCAAAAUCACAACAGGACGCUGAUCGCGCAGGCGUGUCCUUCCGCGUCAGUCGCGCAGGCGUGUCCUUCCGCGUCAGUCGCGCAAGCGUGUCCGUGGAACCUUGGGAUUAUCCCGCAGACGUGCGUGCUCGGAGUCAUUCCAACGGACUUUCCGCGACGGACUGCGGAGCUGAAACCCUAUAGCGCGGACUCCGGGUUUGUAGAUAACGGUAGGUUAAAGGAGCCGUUCCCGGAGAUUCUCGACGACGCGCCAUUGGAAGCCGUGGAGGUGGGGGGCAGGCGGAGACAGUGCGGAGAGGUUUACUCCGUUGUUCCGCUGCUGGCGCUGCCCGUCAGACUGCGCGGGGGAGGCGCCGGGGUAAGGGCGGGGAGAGGGUGGGGGAGAAUAUCGGGUGGAGGAGAGGGACGUGGGGGAAGGGGGGACGGAAGGGGAGGAGCAGCGAGAGAAGUUAGUGAGGAGGAGGAGGAAAUGGGUGAGUGGAACCCGCGUGAGGCUGACUCUGGCUUGGAGGUUUCCUGGAAGCUGCUCGUGAUAGCUGCAGACGACCAACUUGUCCUUGCAGGAAAACUCGAGGAAGUUUCCCGAAAGCUGCUCCCUGCUGUUUAUAGGUGGGCCGAGGCAGCACACUUCACAGCCCCCUUCCCCGGAGAGAUGCUGACGUCACCAGGCUGCUGCACAACCGAGGUAUCACCAGGCUGCUGCACUGACGUGACGUCAGCAGGCUGCAGCACAGCGAGUACAUCCUCUCGAGAUGACCCGAACGAGCACUGCUGCUGCUUCAGUAGCGGAAGCGGACUGCGCGUCAGCUGGCAGGAAGAAGCUUCCCGGAAAGCGGGAGCGGUGAUCCUCGACGCCCACCGCACGUGGCAGAUCCUGUACGGCCCGCCCCUCAUGCGUGCCGCCCGCGGGCGGCAGAAGGAGCAGCAGGAGUGGCAGCAGGAGGGACAGCAGGAGGGUCCGAGUUGUCUUUUUACACGUGUUGCUCAUGGACGGCAGGAGUGGCAGCGGCAUCAUGAUGGCCAAUCAGAAGAAAGAAGCUGCCACAUGUUUGUUCGCGCCGCUGGGCGGCCGCCGCCCGAGCGUGGCACGUUGGAACGUAGCGCGGGUCAUCAGGGCGAGGGACGCGUGGGAAGAAAGGAGGAGGGAGGGGUGCUGUGGGGGGAGAACUCUGGCGAGGGGCGGAGAGGCACAUGUGACGUUCAGAGACAUGCAGAGGGAAGUGGGGGUGCUGCACCAACUCUGGAAUCAGCUCGUCUCACACAGGCGAAAGGGGUGCCGCCGGGUGCUGUGCUUUCACAGGACAUGGCAGGGGUGAAGCGAUGGAGGAUGAGCGGGAGGGGGUGCUGGAGGCGGGAGAGGUGGGGGAGGUGGAGAAGGGGGAGCGAGAGGGGAAGGAGGAGCGGCUCAGUGCACCGUUUGGCUCCUGCUUUUUCUCCUGAGAUGACCUCUGACCCGAUGCAAAUGGAGGGGAGCAUGGAUGCAAAUGGAGGGGAGCAUGGUGCAGCAUGCAGCGCCCGUUUUGUCCCCCGGGCAGAAUUUCGAGUCGACUCAAAACAAGAGAAGCCGGCUGCCUUUCCUGAGUAG